AGAAAACUGGAAAACCCUGCAAUUGAACCACCAGUGUUUCUUAAUCUCAAAAUAGACAGUAAUUCGGUUAUUUAGAGUAUAUUAGGAUUCUCUCAAUCGAGAUUGAGGCUGCUUCUCAGAAACGGGGUAUUCACUCUUGACUUUUUCUUAUAUUGUAUUUUCCUUUUUUAUUUUAUGUGCUCAAGUUCACGUUAACCUAGUACUUUUGAGUCCGAGUAUUUAAGAAGUCUGGUUUGUUUCAUUUUCCUUGCUCUUAGCUUAUGAAUAUUGUGUGAGCAAAUAAAAAGAGGCUUAUUUAUGGAGAAGAUAUCUCACGUUAUGCAACAGAAUGAGGUAAUGAAGAAGCGUUUAAGGAAAUUAAUGUUAAUGUUUAUGCUGGAAUGGAAGACUUUUGAGGAGGAGUCUGAUUUGACCACCAAGUGUUUGCAAGAAUGCUUCAAUGAACUUGAGGUCAGGGAGAAGUACUUGACUUCAGUACAAGAAUCGGUGGCUGAGAGCUCUAAGGAACUUGACUUGAUCAGGGAAUCUUUAGAGCAGAGACGGAAAGAAGUUGAGACGAAAGAAGAGGAGUUUUGUGCAUUCCAAGAAAGAGAAAUCAGGGAUUUGGAAUGCAAGUGGCAAGACUUCAUUUUUGCCAAAAAGGGAUUCGAUGAAGCUGUGAAAUUGAGAGAAGGGAAGCUGAUCGAGCAAGAGAAGAUUGAGGAACGCCUUUUGGAGGAAAUAGGAUUUGAGCAUAAGCAGUUGGAGAAUUUUUGCAAGUCUAGUUUUACGGAGAUUAGUAUGAAGGCCAAGGAGUUUGAGGAGCUCUUGGAGAAGUUGAAUAAGAUUCAGAGUUCGAUUCGCAAAGAAUCAGAUGUCCUUCAGUUGAAAGAGAGAAAAUUCGCUAAACGAAUGGAAGAAUUUCAAGUUAAGGAAAAUAAUUUACAGUCGAUGGAGAAGGAACUUGAAACAAAAGUAAGGAGCUUGGACACCGCAAAGAAGGAACUUAGAGUAAAGGAACAUUACCUAGAUUCCGUUCAGAAGGAACUAAGAGAGAAGGAAACUACUUUGGAUUCUGUAAAGACGAAACUUGCUAUCAAGGAAGACCACUUGACCUCAGUGAAGAAGGAACUGGAGGACAAGGACAAGGGUCUGGAUACAAUUAAGAAGAAACUUGAACUCUGCGAGCAGGACUUGAAUUUUUUUGAGGAAAUACUCCAAGUAAGGGAGGGAGAGCUCAGUUCUAUUCAAGAGGCAUAUAAGCAGCGAUCAGAAGAUCUUGAUUCUAGGGAGAAGAAACUGGAUUUGGUUCAUGGUGAAUUUCAAUUAGAAAAGGAAAAAUUCCAAACGGAACAAGGAUUCUUCAAGAAAAAACUGAAAGAUAUAGCACUUAAAGAGAAACAGGUUGAGGUGAAAUUAAGAGAGCUUGAACAAAGAGAAAAGCACAUGGAAGAUCGGUUUAAAGUGCUUGAGGAGAAAAUGAAGCAACUGAAAACUAUUGGUAAUGUCCCUGAGAAGACUGAGUCUAUUUAUUUAUACAAUGUAGAAGUGGAAAGAGUUGGUGCUAUCUCUUGUAGUUCUGCUGAUAUAAAACUUGUUGUGACAAUGGACGGGAAGACUUUACAGAUAUUCUUAAAUGAGCACGCAAACAAGCUAGAUUCGUUGUCUGAUGAUGUUUUCAGGUCCCUUCAAUUGUCUCGCAACCCUGCACAGUUGGUGCUUGAUGCAAUGGAAGGGUUCUAUCCUCCCCACUUGAUGAGCGGAGAUACAGAGUUUGAGGGCAGUGUUGUCAAGCAGACCUGCAUUCUUCUAUUAGAGCAGUUAAUUAGAGUAUCACCGAAGAUUCAACCUAUUGUGCGCAGAAGAGCAAGGAAACUUGCGAGAGAGUGGAAGGCUAAAAUGAGGGCAAUGACUGGGGAUCAACUCGAGAUCUUGGGCUUCUUGUAUCUGUUGGCUUCUUAUGGUCUGGUCUCUUCCUUUGAUGCGGAUGAGCUUAUGAGCAUGCUGACUGUUGUUGCUGAGCAUAACAAGUCAAUGGAGUUGGGUCGUCUUCUUGGUUUCACAGAGAAGAUUCCUUGUUUCAUCCAGAACCUCAUAGCCAAGCAAAAGCAUCUUGAAGCUGUUGAAUAUGCUUAUGCUUUUGAGCUCACAGACCAUUUCCAACCAAUACUUAUUCUCAAAGACUACUUGAAACAAGUUAUGCAGAUUUCCGAGUGCGUUUGUAAUGGAGAAACGUGCUCAGUCAAAGAAAAGAAUGAAGCCAUUGAACAGAGUGUAGCUUCCAUUAGAGCUGUUAUCAGAUGCAUUAUGGAUCACGAGCUUCAAUCUCAAUACCCGCCCUCACAGCUUGAAGAGUGUAUAGAAUCUCUCACAAGGCAGAAAGCAGAUGUAACCUCAUCAUCUGUCAUUUCUGAGUCUCAGCUGAAACAGGUGGUAUCAACUAGUCCAUCUGUCCCCACUGAUGCCAAGACCCUCAGCUCUACCUCAUUCUCUAGAAAGGCCUCCACUUGCAUGUUAGGUCAUUCCGAUGCUAUGGCUUCCAUCCUUGUGAGCAUGGGCGGAAAGAAUUUGCAGAGUUUUUUAUACAAUCAUUGGAAUGAGCAGGAGUUGUUGCGCAUUGAAAUCUCUAGAGCUCUCAAAAUGUCAUGUGACUCAGGAUUGCUUGUAUUGGAAGCACUUGAAGGAUUUUAUCCUCCAGAACCUCAUAAUGAAGAAAUUUUAUUUGAUCGUAGUGUUAUCAGGAAAAGUUGCAUUCUUCUACUGGAACAGUUGAUGAGGCUCUCACCAGAGAUUAAACCAAAAGCCAAACUGGAAGCACGCAAGCUUGCAUUUGACUGGAAAGCAAAGAUGAUAGCUGAAACAGAAAACUAUCUGGCAAUAUUGGGUUUUCUGCUUCUAGUAGGUGCCUAUGGCUUGGCAUCUUCCUUCGAUAAAUAUGAGCUUGAGAGUUUGUGCCACACUGUAGCACAGGAUGAGAAUGCAUAUCAGAAUUUUCAUGUACUGGGUAUUGCAGGAGAAAAUCCCCAGAUUGAGAAAUCUAUGGAUCCCUCUAAAACUGAACCUCUUUUUGACAAUGUGGAAUUGAAAAGCAAGGCACGAGAUUUAACCUCUGCUUGUUCUUUAAGUUUUAUCCAUUGUGCAUCAGAUCCUGCAAAGGUUGUCUUAGAUGCAUUGCGGAAAUGUCGUUCUGCCAACUUGGGGAAGUGUAAAUAUGGCCCAUCAUCACUUAUGAAGAGGUUCUGUGAUUUGUUGGAACAUCUGAGAGAAGUUUCUCCAGAAAUAACACCUCAGGUUAAAAUAGAGGCAGUUGUGCUUGCUGUUGAGUGGAGAGAAACAUUGACCGGAUCGCAGCUGAACUAUUCUGAGGUCCUAGGCUUUUUGCAACUUUUAGCUACUUUUGAAUUGUCAUCCUCUUAUGAUUCAGAUGAGCUUCUAGGUCUAUUGGAGAUUGUUUACCAGUCCAGAAGGGCAAUUAAUCUGUUCAAAAUCCUAGGAUUAGCAGAUAAGAUCCCAUGCUUUAUUGAAAAUCUGAUAAGGAGAAAACAAUGGCUGCUGGCUAUUAGAUACAUCCAUGUAUAUGAACUUGUUGACUUGUUUCCACCUGUGCCCCUUCUUAAAGACUUCGUGCUAUACUCAGAAGAGCUAGCCAAGAAAAUACAUGAUAAUGGACUUGGUUCUCGUGAAGCCCAAGAAAAAGCUAUAAAUUGUGAAAUAUCUGCAUUGAGAGCUGCAUUAAAACGCAUUGUGUGGCACAACCUGCAAUCAGAAUACUCACCUGACCUUCUUAGAGCUCGUAUUGUGAAGCUUCAAAGGCAGAUGUCAGAACUAAGGAUCCCAAAGCAACACUCCGGCUUGACUACUAAAUCUCAAGUUUACGACAGAGAUGAAGGAACUCUAUGUGCUCCGAUUUCUCAAGUGCAAAAAGCUGUAACGAAAAGACGUCUUGCCUCAGCUACAGAGGGCGUUAUUGUACAUGAGUCCGAAGAACAACGGCGAAAACUUAAGCGUGUUUGCCAGUUACCCAUGCGGACAGAAGUUGGUGUAGAUGCCAUCAUUUGCAAUGCUUCUCUGUCAUCUUCUGUACAAUCAUCUUCUCAACCCGCAUCUGCAGAUGGUCAAAUUAGUACUGUCACACCAAACUACUCGGAAGAAGUGGUUUCUCAGCGCUUAGAGAGCUGCCCUGAAGAUGACCAGAUUUGUGAUUCUGGACAAGCAUCUUCCCAACUAAUUGGUGAUUCACAUGCUUAUGAUGAUGCUGAGGUUGAAACUGAAGUACCGGUUCAGAUAAACCCAUUUUAUCAUUCUGGGCAAAAUUUGAUGCCAAAACUGCAGGAGCUAUUGAGUAAGCUCAAGAAUUCUAUGUCCAGCUCAGGGAAGACCAAAGAUCAUGCGAGGACGUAGCGAGAAGAGAAAAGGGAGAAGAAGAGUUAGCUAGGAACUGUAUUUGAUUCUUUUCUGUAAAUGGUAGGUAGAUACAUGUACUAUACAAAAAAAUCAGUAACUAAUCUUAACCAGUGGACUAGAUUUUUUUUUUGUUUGUUUGUGUGUGUGUGUGUUUGUGCGCGCGCGCUCCAAAAUCGUUUUUUUAACCCUGGAUGCAAGUGGGUUUAGCCAAGUUA